AUGUCACUUUUCCGCUAUAAUCCUCGCGAUUAUUUCUAUACCUCACCGAUGGAACGUUUCAUAGUAAAUCUCCUCGACAACACAUUCGAUGACAGAUCAUAUCGAUCGCUGCAAAGUGUCGCGCCAUAUUGGCUACAUCAACCGGCACUGAACGAAUGUAAUAUCGGGAACGCGCUUGGCGAGAUUUUGGAUGAGAAAGACAAGUUUGGAGUUCAAAUUGAUGUUUCCCAUUUUCAUCCCAAGGAACUUUCGGUAUCGGUUCGAGAUCGUGAACUAAGUAUUGAGGGUCAUCACAAGGAGCGUACUGAUCAGUCGGGACAUGGUAGUAUCGAACGUCACUUCGUUCGAAAAUAUGUUAUGCCAGAAGAAGUGCAACCUGACACCAUCGAGUCACAUUUGUCCGAUAAAGGAUCACAUUUGUCCGAUAAAGGAGUGUUGACAAUUUCUGCAAGCAAAACAAUUGCCGGCUUACCUGCAGCACGCACCAUACCUAUUCAAGCAUCCCCAAAAGGACCGGAAACAGGUGAAAAACCGACACCGGAUGGCACAGAACAGUCAAAGUGA